AGGCACUUUGCGCGUAUUGAUGACGUAGACACACCGCUCGGUCUACUGAAAACACAGGCGGUUUUACUGGCAUCAGAAACAGCACAGCCAUGAACUGGAACAAAGGUGGUCCCGGUGUGAAGCGAGGGUUUGGGUUUGGAGGAUUUUCCCUUGCAGGGAAAAAAGAGGAACCUCACCUUCCUCAGACAUCUCACACAUCAUUUGGAGCCCCAGGAUCGAGUGGGGGUUAUGGAAAGAGCCAGCAGCUCCCAUCAUUCUACAAAAUAGGGACAAAAAGAGCUAACUUUGAUGAGGAAAAUGCGUAUUUUGAAGAUGAUGAGGAGGAGUCCAGCAGCAAUGUGGAUCUGCCGUACAUCCCAGCUGAGAACUCGCCCACACGGCAGCAGAUGCAGUCUGGUGGUGGAUCAGACAGUGAAGAUGACCCACUGGAUGCCUUCAUGGCAGAGGUUGAGAAUCAAGCAGCUAAAGACAUGAGGAAACUAGAAGAAAAGGAAAAGGAGAAGAAGUCAGCCAAGGGUAUUCGUGAUGACAUUGAAGAAGAAGAUGAACAAGAAGCCUACUUCCGCUACAUGGCAGAGAAUCCCACAGCCGGGCUAACCCAAGAGGAAGAGGAUGAAAACAUUGACUAUGACAGUGACGGAAACCCAAUCCCCUCUGCCACCAAGAAAAUCAUCUUGCCACUUCCUCCCAUUGACCACUCUGAGAUUGAUUACCCACCCUUUGAGAAAAACUUCUACAAUGAGCAUGAAGAGCUCAGCAACCUGACUGGAGCUCAAGUGUUGGAGUUAAGGCACAAAUUGAACUUAAGGGUAUCUGGUGCUGCCCCUCCAAAACCUUGCACUAGCUUUGCCCACUUCAACUUUGAUGAGCAGCUAAUGCACCAAAUCCGCAAGUCUGAGUACACUCAGCCCACACCCAUUCAGUGCCAGGGUGUGCCUAUAGCUCUGUCUGGACGUGACAUGAUUGGCAUUGCAAAAACUGGCAGUGGCAAAACUGCAGCUUUUAUCUGGCCCAUGCUGGUUCACAUCAUGGACCAAAAGGAACUGGAGGCAGGAGAAGGGCCCAUCGCAGUCAUUGUGUGUCCCACCAGAGAGCUUUGUCAGCAAAUCCAUGCAGAAUGUAAGCGUUUUGGGAAAGCCUACUCGCUGCGUUCAGUGGCGGUUUAUGGAGGAGGCAGCAUGUGGGAACAGGCCAAGGCUCUGCAGGAGGGAGCAGAGAUUGUGGUGUGCACUCCGGGUCGUCUGAUUGACCACGUUAAGAAGAAGGCAACAUCCCUGCAGAGAGUGACAUACCUGGUGUUUGAUGAAGCAGAUCGCAUGUUUGACAUGGGCUUUGAAUAUCAGGUUAGAUCUAUUGCUAGCCACGUCCGCCCAGACAGACAGACUCUUCUGUUUAGUGCUACUUUCAGAAAGAAGAUAGAGAGGCUGGCCAGAGACAUCUUGGUAGAUCCUAUUCGUGUGGUGCAGGGAGACAUCGGAGAGGCCAAUGAAGAUAUCACCCAGGUGGUGGAGAUGCUGCCCAGCCCGACAGAUAAAUGGAACUGGCUGACCCGCCGGCUGGUCGAGUUCACCUCCUCCGGUUCAGUCCUCAUCUUCGUCACCAAGAAGGCGAACUGUGAGGAAUUGGCGACUAACCUGACUCAGGAGGGCUACAGCCUGGGUCUCCUGCACGGAGACAUGGACCAGAGUGAGAGGAACAAGGUCAUCAGCGACUUCAAGAAAAAGAAUUUGCCCGUUCUGGUGGCCACUGAUGUAGCUGCUCGUGGUCUGGACAUCCCGUCCAUUCGCACAGUGGUAAACUACGACGUAGCACGAGACAUCGACACGCACACACACAGGAUUGGUCGUACUGGUCGUGCAGGAGAGAAGGGUGUCGCUUACACUCUCCUCACCAGCAAAGACACCACAUUUGCUGGUGACCUCGUGAGAAAUCUAGAGGGAGCUAAUCAAGCCGUCUCCAAAGAAUUGAUGGAUUUAGCCAUGCAGAAUCCCUGGUUCAGGAAAUCGCGGUUCAAGGGUGGUAAAGGAAAGAAGCUGAAUAUUGGCGGAGGUGGUCUUGGUUACAGAGAGAGACCAGGCCUGGGGGCUGAAAGCUCUGAACGCAGCAGCAGCAGCAGCAGCUUGUUGUCUUCCACUAGUGGCUUUGAAGGCUACAGCAAACCUGCCACAGGGGCAAUGGGAGAUCGCAUGUCUGCGAUGAAACAAGCCUUCCAGGCUCAAUAUAAGAGCCACUUUGUGGCGGCAUCCAGUGGCCCUCCAAAGCUCACCACCAAGUCUAACAGCUCAUCAUGCUGGACCAGCGCCGGCAGCCUGAGCUCUGUGCCGACCGAGUCUGCCAACGGGUCAGAGCGGUCCCACAGUGUCAACUUGUCCAUGUCGGGCUUCACCAGCGCUGGCUCCCUGAGCUCUGUGCCCGCUAGUCAAACCACCCAAAUCAGUUCACAGCACAGCUACCCUCCACCUGCACCUCCCUCACAGAGAGACACCCCACGGGAGAGACAUGGGGAGGACAGGGGGCGCCACGACAGUUACCACCGCCACAGCGACAGGAGCGAUCGACACAGUGGAGAGGAUCGACACGGAGACCGAGACAGGGACCGCGAUCGUCACGGAGACAGUGACCGGGAUCGCCAUGGAGACAGAGAUCGGGACCGCUACGGGGACCGGGACCGCUACAGCAGCAGCCGCCACAGCGAUAGUCGUAAUGGAGACGGAAGCCGGAGGGACAGAGAAGAUCGUAGGAGUGAGAGGGACGGGGGAGACAGGGGGAGCGGGGAGGGGAGGGACAGAGGGGACGAUAGUUUUGCUGUCCCCGAACCACCAAAGCGUAGAAAGAGCAGGUGGGACAACUAAAAUUAAGAACACAUAAGUAGAAUAAUAUGUGCAACCAACUGCUCCAUGACGAGCUUGUCUGUUUAGUAGGCAGAUAGCAGAGCAUAUCAGAGGCUGACACAAGCACAGGACCGCAGGGGGGAUUACUGACACUCCUGUCAGGAUGGUUAGGGCCUCAUGAUUUGGUCAGAGCUCAGCAGAGUGUCAGACAGAUCAACGCAAGCAGCUCAGAGACAGCCGCUGUACAUAUAUCAUCAAGACUGUUGUAAAUGUAAGUCAGUAGGAAUCGAGCAAUAGAGCUAUAAAGAAUCCUGCUGUCACUAAACGAGUCAGAGCUAAGAUAUGUUGGUCACUGUCGUGUUUCCUUUUACUGAUCUCCUAACAUGCUUUUGUGCUUGGAAAUUUGAAGCUUUAUUAUUUUCCUAAAGGAUCUUUGCUAAGUGUGUCAGUGUGUUUGCAUUUUGUUAAUCUACAAAGCUGACUCAUAGAAUGGUUUCGUUUUUUAAAAGCGCUCUGCGAUGAUUCAGUCACACACACACGUACAUGUUAAAACUCUGUAUAGCUCUCUGUGUCUUGUAUUUAAGUCCUAGUGAAGUGCCUUUCCUUGGCAUUUAGUCUGUCUAUGCUUUUUAAAUGUUUUUCAACAAAGAUGCAUUUGUUUGUAUGAGAGGAAUUUCAAGUGUUUGUUCACACAAUGGAAAAAUGUGAAGUUUUGAUUAAAAAGACUCCUUUGGCAUCUA